AUGACCCUCUUCCAGUCAUUCCAUGCAACCUUCCCUCCAUCACUCACAUCCUAUAACAUUAGCAGCAGCAGGAACAGUAGUGGCAGCAGCAGGUUAAGCAGGAACAACAGUAGUGGCAGCAGCAGGUUAAGCAGGAACAACAGUAGUGGCAGCAGCAAGUUAAGCAGGAACAACAGUAGUGGCAGCAGCAGGUUAAGCAGGAACAACAGUAGUGGCAGCAGCAAGUUAAGCAGGAACAACAGUAGUGGCAGCAGCAGGUUAAGCAGGAACAACAGUAGUGGCAGCAGCAAGUUAAGCAGGAACAACAGUAGUGGCAGCAGCAGGUUAAGCAGGAACAACAGUAGUGGCAGCAGCAAGUUAAGCAGGAACAACAGUAGUGGCAGCAGCAGGUUAAGCAGGAACAACAGUAGCACAAGUAACAAUAGUUGCAGCCACAAAAGAAAAAAAAAGGAGCAAGAUACCAGGAACAGCAGUAACUGCAGCAGCAUAGCAGUAGCAUCAGUUAUUUCAAACAACAACAAUAACAAGAGGAGCAACAGCAGAAGGAGCAGCAGCAGCAACAGCAACGCAAACAAUUUCCGGGUGUCCAUUAUCUUGGAGUUCCAGUUGCUGUGA